CAACCUGCUUGUGCCUUGACUCUUGAGGCCCUUGACCACAAGAAAUGUGAGACAGAAAUUUCUAAUGCCAAUCGUCGGUCAGGUGGUUCAAGCCCUAACCCUAAUCCCAAACCCAAACCCAAACCCGGCCCCCACCAUUUCUGGUCGUCAUCAUCGUCGUCAUCAACCCCAAAACCACCGAACUCGCUUCCUGGGUCCCACACUAAACCCUCACUCCUAUCAUCUUCGGUUCCCAAAACGACCUCACUUCUCCUCGGCUCCCAUGGCUGCUCUGCAACUCAGACCCAAACACAGAACCCUCCACAACCCUUCUCUCGUCAACCUCUUCUCAACCUCCCAAACCCCUCCUGAACCCACCCCCGCCGACCAGUCCCCGUCCUCCUCCUCACCCCACCCUGCCCAAUCCCAAUCCCAAUCCCAAUCUCAAUCCUCCUUUUCCUCCUAUUUCUCUGCCGUCAAAGCCAGCCUCAAACAUCAGCAACAUCAAGGACCACGAAGACCCACGAACCCUUCAAACCCUCUGAACCCAUCUCUCUCCAGGCCUUCUAAAGUCGCUUCCCUCGAAGAAAUCCGCAAGAACCUCUCCGAGUUCCGCCUCCGAUCCUCGGUGCCUUCCCCCACCGAACCCAACUCUGCGUCUUCAACCUCAUCAUCAUCACAGCACAUCUCGUUUCAAGAGCUUUACACACGGAAUGUGACUGCGAAAUCCAACGAGAACGGCGCCAAUGCCGAAUCAGACCCCGGAAAGGUCGGCGGCAGGCUCUCAUUUGAAGCGAUUCGCCAGAGUCUGCGGCAGAUGCGGCCAUCGUCCCCGCCUGGGGCGGCGCAGAAUGAGAGGAGGGGUGUGGACCCGAUGUCAUUAUCGGAAUAUAAGCACAGUUUGAAGUUGAGGCCGUCGCCGGAGUCGGGUCCGGUGAUCGGUGGGACCGGUAUGCUGCCGGCAUCUGUGUUCGGGAAGGAGAGGGAGAGGAAGGGAACGGAGGGGGAGACAACGGCGAUGAAGACGGAGUUUGUGAAGAUGUAUAGCUAUAACGAGUUGGGGAAGAAGCUGAAGGAGCUGCGGCCAGAGGGGAAGAAGGAAGAGGAGGCGUCGUUUUCGCUUGGGGAGUUGAAUGAGAGGCUGAUAAAGCUGAGGGAGAUGGAGGAGAAGGAGACCGAGUCGAGGAUCGGCGGGGUUUCGUUUAAAGAUUUGAGGGAGAGCUUGUUGACGUUAAAGAUGUCAGACGAUGAGAAGGCCAAGAAAAGUUCAAUCCAGAGACUCGAUAUUUUGGGUCAGUUAGGCAGAACUCCAAACUUUCUGCUGCAACCUCCAAAGGAGCAUCUAGUUGAAAAGUAUUUCCAUCCGGAUAAUAUCUCUUCUACAGAAAAACUGAAAAUUGAUCUUGCGAAAGUUAGAGAUGAAUUUAAAAUGUCGGAGUCAGAUUGUGGAUCUGCACGUGUUCAAGUGGCCCAACUCACAACUAAGAUCAAGCAUCUAUCUUCAGUUUUACACAAAAAGGAUAAGCAUUCUCGAAAGGGUCUUAUAGGAAUGGUGCAGUUGAGGAAGAGGCUAUUGAAGUAUCUCCGAAGAACUGACUGGGAUUCCUACUGCUUGGUUCUUUCUAAACUUGGUCUCCGUGACAACCCUAAUUACAAGACCUAGACUAGUCAACAAUGUGAUCCUGGUUUUUUGCUUGGAAGAUAAUUACUUUUGGUCUCCGGUACAACCUUGAUUAGGAGAAAACUACACUAGUCAAACAAUGUUACCUGAGUUUUGUUCCAUUCUGGAAGGGAGUUGAGAGAUAUUUUGAGUCCAUUUUUUUCUCCAUUUCCUAUUUCUUUGUUGUUUUGUUUUUCUUUCUUUUUAGCAUGUUUUUAAUGCUCGUCUUUCUGAAGACAUGGUUGUUGAAUUUUGAAGUUAAUGUAACAGCCAAGAAAAAGCAUGCAUUGCUGUAGUUCUGUUUA